AUGUCGGGUUCAGCCUCGUCCGGGUACUCUGAGCAAGGAAAACCAUUGGAAAGCUGUGCUAGGGACGCGGGGCUCGACAGUCCGCGAUUUGAAUCGACCGGAGCUAUCGGAUGCCCCUUCCCGUGCAGUUCCUGCGGCAAAGAAAUCAGUGAAAGAUUCAUAAUGAAAGUCGUCGGCAAGUUCUGGCAUCAAGACUGUCUGAAGUGCUCCGUUUGCGGGUGUCGUUUGACGACAUCUUUAUUCGAGAAACACGGCGCUUUCUUCUGCAGGGAGGAUUAUCUCAGGAAGUUCGGUGUGGAUAAUCAGUGCUCCGGCUGUUUUGAGGCCAUACAGGCGAGUGAGCUGGUGAUGAGGAGUUCGUCUCACGUUUACCACGUUCGUUGUUUCUGCUGUUUUCACUGCCGGAAAGGGCUCAAUACCGGUGAUCGGUAUGUCAUCUCUGGCAACCGACUUCUAUGCGAAGCUGAUUAUGAGGGAAUGUUGCUGUCAUCGAGGUUGUCCUAUUAUUUCUCAAGUUACGAACCGAGCGGAAUGGACAAGCAUCCGAGGAGCAACCCGGCGGCUUCGUAUUGA